AUGCUGGGCUCUCUGAUUACCACGGCCCUUGUCGCAGUGCCGGCUGUCUCGGCUCAGUCAGACGUGCCAGUUUCACCAGCCCUGCAGAAGAUCAUCAGUGAUGCUGCCUCGGAUCCAAAAUAUGACUACCCGACCUCUCUGACCGGGGAUAUCGUCCCCAAGGGGUUUCACUCUCACAAUGACUACUGGCGUGAGGUCCCCUUCUACUCAGCCCUGAAGGCAGGCGCAAUCAGCGUCGAGGCCGACGUCUGGCUCUACAACGGCACCCUCCACGUCGGCCACGACCAGUCCUCCCUGACCGACGAGCGCACCCUGGACAGCCUCUACAUCCAGCCCAUCCUGUCCGUCCUGCAGCGCCAGAACCCAAACAGCUCCUUCGUCUCGGGCGCCACCAAGAACGGCGUCUACGACACCUCCCCCAGCCAGACCCUGUACCUCUUCGUCGACCUCAAGACAGACGGAGCCACCACCUUCCCCGCCGUCAUCGAGGCCCUCCAGCCCCUCCGCGACGCAGGCUACCUGACCACCUACGACGGCACCACCGUGACCCAGGGCCCCGUCACCGUAAUCGGCACGGGCAACACCCCGCUCAGCCAGGUCCAGGGAGUCGCGCCGCGCGACUACUUCUGGGACGCGCCCAUCCCCCUGCUGGCCCUCACCUUCGCCAACAUCACCUCCGACGUCUCGCCCAUCGCCAGCACCAACUUCAACCUGGUGUUCCCCGGCGUGCGCGGCGCGGGUGGGUUCAAUGACCUGCAGAAGACACUCCUCGCCGCCCAGGUCGCCGUCGCGCAUGCCAAGGGCAUCAAGGUGCGGUACUGGGACCAGCCCGGGUGGCCCGUGGGCACGCGGAACGCGGUCUGGAGGUCGCUGUACGAUGGCGGCGUGGACUUGUUGAAUGUCGAUGAUCUGGAGGGGGCAGCUAAUUUUUGGGAGGGCUCAGGUUGA